CAAAACAGUGAUCAGUUCUUCACAGGCCACUGAAGAGCACAACAGUUGACCCUCUUUGUCCAGAGUCCUCACGAUGGCGUCACCCUUCCUGUCCUGUGUCGCCCUCUGUGUCAUCAUAUCUGUCACCUUAGUCCUUGGUCUACCACCUACUGAGCCUCCACUGAUCCAUGACCACCCCUUUGUGGCUAUAUGGAACGCCCCCACUGACCAGUGUCAACAACUUCACAUCCCACUGGACACGGUAGCCUUCCAGGCAGUGACCACACCUGCAGCUGUUUCAGGUCAGUUUCUCACCAUCUUCUACGAGGAUCGCCUUGGCCUUUACCCUAAAGUUGAUACCAUCAAGCGUAAGCGCUACAGAGGAGGAGUCCCCCAAAAUGGCAACCUGACGGAACAUCUGGCCAAGGCCCAGAAUCAAAUAGAUCACUAUAUCUCCCAGGAUUCCUCUCCUGGGCUGGCCGUGAUUGACUGGGAGUCCUGGCGUCCACUGUGGGAUCAGAACUGGGGUUCAAAACGUAUUUAUCAGAAGUUGUCCAUCGCUCAUGCUCUGCAGAUGGCCCCAUUUCUAUCAACAAAGCAAAUUUCUGAACUGGCAAAGAGCCAGUUCCAGCAUGCUAGCCGCCGUUUCAUGGAGAAAACCAUCAGCCUUGGCAUCGGUGAGCGUCCAAGUCGUCGCUGGGGUUUCUACCUGUUUCCCGACUGCUACAACUAUGGAUGGGAGAAGUCCGGCUACACAGGGAAGUGCUCCAUGAGGACCCAGAAGCAAAACAACCAGAUGCUGUGGCUGUGGGAACACAGCACCGCUCUAUUUCCCUCCAUCUACCUUCAUCUGACUCUGAGGAACUCCGCCCGUGCUGCCCUCUACGUCCGCAACCGUGUCCAGGAGGCGCUGAGGGUGGCAGCACUGCCUAAACGUCCCUACACGGUCCCCAUCUACGUCUACUCCAGGCCGCUGUACAGGGAUCAGACCCAGACAUUUCAGAGCCAGGCAGAUCUAGUCAGCACUGUUGGAGAGUCUGCAGCUUUGGGAGCUUCUGGGGUUGUCAUGUGGGGAGGCACCAAAGACUACAACAACAAGGCUUCCUGUCAGUCUCUGUCUGAGUAUCUGACAUCCACCUUCAACCCGUACAUUGCCAACGUGACAGCAGCUGUCAUGCUGUGCAGUGAGACCUUGUGCCAGGGGAAGGGCCGCUGUGUGAGGAAGAACUACGACUCCGAUCACUACCUGCACCUAAACCCUACCUACUUCAAAAUCCUGCGAGCUGACAAGAAGUACGUGGCUGUUGGUCUCCCUUCUGCUGCAGACCUUGACGCCUGGGCUGAAAACUUCAUCUGCCAGUGCUACGCCAAGUCCAGCUGUUAUCCCAAACUGGUGCAUCCAACCUCAAUCAAACUCAUCUGGGUUUAAUCUGGGAGGAGAAUAUAAUGUUUCCAGAAGGGUGUCCUCUGAAGAUCUGAUCUGAAAUUAUCUACAUUACAUUAAAAAAGCUUUGUUUCUAUUCAAAAUAUUCAAAAAAUGUAUGUGGAAAAUCAGAUAUCAGACAAAUUCAUGAUUUAUUUGAACUGCAAACCCAAAGGCUCCGAAAUAAAUGCUUUCCUGA